AUGAUACGGCAGAAUCCACGUGGCUCAUCGGAGAACGUGUUGGAAAACGCCCUCCUGGCAAUUAACCAGAGUAGGAUUAACUCCGUGCAGAAAAAUGUCCCCUUCGAGGAGUCCUACCUGAUCAAGAAGAAGAAGCAUGAUCAUCUUUUAGACUUGAAGUUUUGCCACCUCAGGCGGGGGUCAACUGUGGCCGAUUCGUCGGUUAGCCCAGUUGGCGGGGUAGUUAGUCGUGGUGGUGAAGAUGGAGGUGAAGUUGGCGAUGGUGGUAGCCCCCCUUGCCACCUUGGAGGAAUUCUACCCAGUUUGAACAAAUCGAACGGGCGGGGACACAGCAGCGCGUACUUCAUCCUGAGACAGUGGUGCGAAAAGUUUGACAUGGGAGACGGUGCUCAUCGGGAAGGAAAUCUCAAAAGAGGAGACAACCUGAGCGAGCAAAAGGAUGAACUGAACGGGGGAGGAGGACCAAGGGAUGAACGAACCCACUUCCCAGUCAGUUACGUCGUGAUAGGAACACAUCGACACGGGAACAGUAGUGCCCCUUGCUCAUACGAAGAAAUGACGGUGGAAAUCCCGAACUAUGACGUCGAAGUGGAUGGGUUCUAUGUCCAGAUCCAUGUCGACCCAAAUGAAGAGGACAUAUUCAUCCUAUCAAGCAAAGAAAUUAUUCUCAUAAAAAAAAAAGAAAAAAAAAAAAAAGGACCCAUUCGAGGAGAGUACCUACUACACAACAAGCAUCUGACCAUUCCAUCGAAGAGAAAAAUUAUUAAAGCAGAGUGGUUUCAUAAAUCAGAUCAUGUAAUAUCCCUACUAACGUAUGAGCAUGUGGAGGCAUCUAAAUUUUACUCGUUCAAAUUUAAGUCCGUAAUUCGCCUAAUUAAUGUAGAGGGGAAAGUCAGGGAGGAAGUAAAAAUCGUCAUUCCGGAUAUGGAUGUUCUUCGUCGAAAGUUGAGGAAUGAAAACGUGGAAGACAUAAAGAGGGAGCUGUACAAAAUGGAAAAGAUCAAUUCGUCUGUCCACUUGGGAAACGCCGUGUCGGGGGAGAGUGGCACUGAGCAGAUGCAGAGGAGGGGCCUUCAAAACUACCAUGGUAAUGACGCUCAAGGGGUAGAACCUCCCUCCAAUCAGGAUAAAGGAAAUUGCCAGCAAAGCCAAAAUGACGAACAGGCGCAUACCAAUAUGAGCGGAUUAGACACGGAUGGGGCAGGAAAAACUCCAUCUAGCAACCAUCCCAUAAGUAGCGAUUUAGCGGUUGUUUCACCAAAAGGUAGGACAGAUCUCUUCUAUGACCACCACCUAAGCAAAGAAACGAAACAGCUAGCUAAAAAGAACAAGUACAAAAAUCUCGUAGUAGAUUACUGCUUUGGUGCCCCCAGUGAAAAUAUCCCCUGGAUAGAAACCUGCCUCUUUGUUCUUUUAAAAGAUGGACUCAUAUUAAUAUACACCCCGAUAAUCACGAACGAGUGGUAUGUGAGCUACUUCCUAAUGCAUGAGCUGAACAGGAUUCGGCAAAGGGGGGUGGAAAAAGGCAAACCCACCAAAGGGGAACCUUCCGAUGGGCAACGUGGUGAUGGUGACGACCUGGAUGAGGAAUUUUCGGAGGAUUUCCUCACCCAUUAUGAUCACUUCCGGAGGGUCUCCGUGAGGGAGUACAGGGCAAAGGACGUGUGGGUGAGUUUCAACCGUGGGGAGCAUCACGGUGAGGGCGUCACUGCCAAUGUUCGUGGUGAUCGUCGCGUCGGGACCGCCUUUUCCUACGUUCCCUACGUGAUCAACUGUAUGAGGAGGUCCUCCUACCUCAGCAUUGGCCUGCUCUACUGCAACCACUUGGUGUUCCUAAUCAUCACGGAUAAGUUCGGGUACGUGUCCUUCGUCCUGCUAAACUAUUUUAUUACGCCCCAUAUAGUCAUACCUACGCCUGGACAGAGCGAAACGGAUACUGGAAAUACAUUCAAAAAGGCGAUAAAUUUUUUAUCCAUGAAGAAAAAAAAAGAAUCCUUUUUUUUUAGCAUAUUCCAUUUGAAGGAUAAUGCUAUUUUUGAAAAUUUGACGUUAUCAGAAUUGGCCAAUUUGGUUAACCGGGAUCGAUACGAUGAGUACUAUCGUCGUGUGAAGAGUGGCAGCUACGAUAUGGCAUCCCUCAUGGGGAAGAUGUCCCAGAGGGAUGCAGCCAAGGAGUGCACCAACGUGGAGGAAGCCAACCAUCAGGGGGGUGAAAAUGACAAUGGUGAUGGUGGUAAUGUUGGCACCUUCCCCCCGGGGGACCCCCCCAAUGAGCAACACCAAAGCGGGGUAAACUUGGAGGAGACCAAAUUUGACACCAUCCAAUUAACGACCCCAAAGAAGGAGAAGAAGAAGGCCGUAUUCAAAGAAAGGUUCACCAAAAAGGGUGAUACUAAUGAGAAGAGGAAACAUAAGCAUUCCCCUAGAUCAGCAUACACAUCCGAUAUGGACAUGACCAAACGGGAUGAUUUCUUCUCCUGCUAUGAAGAUGAAAAGGAAAUUUUGGAAAAGCAAAUAAACGACGAAGUAAAUAUACAAUGUCAUCUGCUAAGUGUCCUCCACUUUGACGCAUACUACACGGGGAUGAGUAACGUGAAAACGAUUGUCCUGAAUAGCGACAGCUUGCUUUGUUUCAAUAACGAGAAGGUUAUACAUCUGCACUUAGUGUGGGUAAAAUUUGUGAACGCAAUAUUUUACCUCAUCCAUUUGAAAAACUUCUUGUCGGCCAAGCUGAUUCACGAGAUGUGCAAAAAUGGGCUCUACAUGAGCACCACCAUUUUUAAGGCGGCCAUUAGCUUUUACCAGUUUGAUUAUUACGCGUAUCUGCUGUUGGACCAUACGAAGCGCUUGAACCGUGGUACCUUCGGAGGGCUCUUCGGCGGAACGCGUAACACUGCUAUCCAGUUGGAUUCAUCUCCGGAUAACUUUGACCGCCUACAGUCCAGCGCCCUCUACGAUGUGCAGUACGUUCUUCACCCCGUAGUCGUGCAGGAAAGCAACAACAGAAGCAACAACAGAAGCAACAACAGAAGCAACAACAGAAGCAACAACAGAAGCAACAACAGAAGCAACAGCAAUAGAAGCAGCAGUAUUUCGCAGGGGAACCGCCCCCCUAGUGAAGUGUACCUCCUCUACACGCACUACAUAAAUCUGGACAGCCAGAGGAAGGAAAAACUUUUCAUGAGCAGGAACAUUAGCUUCUUCACCUCUUCACUGUAUAAAAAUUUGUUCCUCAUAUAUGAUUGCUUCAAGGUGAGAAUUUUCACCAAGCCGGGAAACCCAAAUGCCAAUUCACAUGGAACAAACAGAACCCAUUUGCUAGUAAGGCAGAAAAGAAAAUGUAAAGCAGUAUGCCAGAUCCCUGGACAGGCAAAACUCAGAAAUUUUUAUAUGAACAUCGAAGUGAUGGAUGACAAAUCGAUCGAUUUGAACACGUAUGCGGACAUGCUUUCUUUUUAUGUGAAUUCACGCUGCAAUGAUUAUAUGAACUCUUUGAUAAAAAAGAAUUUUAUUUUUUACCAAGGGAAGGGGAAUCUAUGCAACCUAUUUCUUAAUCGUGAUGAGCGUGCAAAAGGGGUGAGCAUGUUGAAAAGCGGUGAGCACACAAUGGGAUCCAGGAAAAUGAUCACCCAUAUGUAUAGCGACAGCAACUACGUGGGGGAACACACUCCCAACGCUCACAGGACUGAGGAGAUCAGUUUUUUAAAACAAGUAUUCGUUAUCUUACAGAGUAAUGACAAUGAGGACGGCAAAGACAUUCAUAAGAGAAAUCCAAUGUGUGAAGAAAGCGGUGCGGCCGCUUGCAAAAAAUACAACUACUGUGUUGGAAGUACCAUCGAACAAGUAAACCCAGAGAAACUCAUAAACGACAUUAAGGUGCACGUCCUUAAGGGAGAUUCCAAAAAAUACGACAAUGUACCCUGCACCAUGUUGUUGAAAAAAUUAAUUAAAGUAAAAAAUGACUACAUACAUGUGAAGGAUUAUUAUUUAAAAAAAAAAAAAAUCAACUUAGACUCUCUUCCCACCGAUGUAAAAGGGAAAAUAAAUUUCCUCGAAGAUAUCGUAAAGGUGUAUUACUUCGUCUUGGAUUUGAAUUCUUACUAUGAGAAUAAAUUUGAGAAAAUUAAAAAAAGGAUUAUCCAUUCGUUAGGAGUGGACGUUAUACAUUUUGUCAAAUCCCAUGCGUCUAUUCAGAAUAUGAGCAAAGCGCUGAUUGAAAGAAACACCACUUUGGUGAAGGACAUCCAGCUGUGCUACCAGAAGCACCAACUAAUUCGAGACAAGUUCAAUUUGCUCAGGAAAAGAAUUCUGCUGCACAGUUUGGUGAACAAGGAACGGUUCACAGUGAAAUGGGCACCGUUGAACGAGGGGUAA